AGCAGUGUGUACGUGUGUGUAGGAGAGUGUGUAUGGACUUUACACUCUGUCUGAAUCAAGAAGAACCUUCAGGACAGUGGGAUUAGAACUUUUCCACCAUGCUGAAGGUCGGGUUCUUGUGUGCUAAGAACACACUGUGUGCUCUGAAUGCGGUUUAUCUGGUGGUGGGCGUGUCCCUUAUGGCAGCAGCUGGUUAUGGGAAAACUGUUGGCAUUGUGUGGAGUUUAAGCAUCAUCAGUGUAGUGAUGGUGGUGGGAGUCUUCCUCAUCUUCAUCUCUAUACUGGGGAUCAUCGGAGCUCUGAGACAAAACCAGAUCGUCCUGUUCACUUACAUUCUGGUGAUGAUUGUAGUGUUUAUCUUCCAGUUCACUGUGUCAUGUUCCUGCCUCACAAUAGGGAGAGAAAAACAGGAGAAGUUACUGAGCUUGUCAUGGGAGAUGAUGGCUAAUGAAACUCGCCGGUCUCUGGAGCAGCAGCUGGAUUGUUGUGGUCUCAUAAACAGCGCUGAAAAGCAACAUGUGUUCAGAACAGACAUAAAUCUGUGCACUGCUGUGUGUAAGAGAACAGCUCACUGCUUCACAUGUGGAGAUUUGAUGCUGCAGAAAGCUGCAGAGACGCUUUAUUUCCUGGGAGGAGUCGGAUUAUUCUGCAGUUUCACACAGCUUGUGGGUGUGUGGUUGGCUGUUCACUACAGAAACCAGAGGAACCAUCAGCUCAGCUCCAGAACCUCGUCAUAGCCUCCACCAUUGUGUGAUGUUAAUUCUACAUUUCUUUGCGCUCAUUAUUUGGACUUUCAUCAUGAACAGAUUCAUUAGUUAAAAUAAAACCCAGAGAAAAUGGCACCCUGUUCACGACACCACUAUAUUCCAGUCUUCCUGAUUUAUCUCUUUACAUCCUAAAUAAUCCCAUUUAAAGUAAACCAGCAACAUGACAGUAAGAAUGCUUGUAAAGAAAUAAAGCUAAAUCAAUGAAA